AUGAACCUAGGCCAUGAGAGCCGGAGACGACGCAGUCCCCUGGCGUGCAACACUUGUCGAGCACGACGGACGAAAUGCGACGGGCAGCGACCAAAAUGCUCUUUUUGCGUUGAGCGCAGCAAGGACUGCUUCUAUCAGGAGUCUCAAGGUCUUGCACCCGAUCCCCAGAAGCUGGAACUAUCUAGAAUAUGGGAACAGCUGCAGCGUAUUACUGAAGUAGUACAAGGCCAGUCUCUGAAUAGCUCGCCCUCGCCCAAGGCCCAGCAACCAUCUGUUUAUUCGUCCAUUGAAUUUCCGAUCAUGGUGAUCCAAAACACAUCAUUCAUGAACCUUCUCCACCUCAACCAGUCCUUACCUGUGUUUCUCGAAGACCUGGAGCGCAGCAGACCUGAAAUAUCUCCUCACCCACCCAGAAUCCCCACUGUGAUAAUCGACCACCAGCGCGCGUCCGUCCUUGUGAAUGCAUUCAUGGAGAAGAUUCAGAUCUGGUACCCAGUCCUGCAUGCCGAGUACAGCAAAGAGUUCGUCCAGGCGAUAACUUCCUGUUUUCCGCCCUCGGUUGAGUCCUGCCUCACUCUUCUCGUCUUAGCCAUUGGAUGUGUGGCGGAGUGUGAAACCAUCAUGGACGCCAUGCAUACAUGUGCGGGAGGGACAUACAUCCAAGCGAGUAUGGAGAUGCUGCCAUGUGUCUUUGCAGAUAGUAGUCCGCGAAGCGCGCAGUGCCUGCUCUUGUUCGGUAUUUACUACCUCUGCUAUGCGCAACCCUGCCAGGCGCACGACUAUGUAGCCAUGGCUUCGUACAGAUUGCAGGAUUAUUUGAUCAAUGAAUUGAGCACCGAUGAUGAUACCAUAGAAGCAUCAAUCUUCCGAAACUGCUUCUGGUCAGCCUUGCUGAUUGAAAGCGAGAUCAGAGUCCAACUAGACCUCGUCAACAGUGGAAUCUGGAAUGUAGCUUCAUACUCUCCAGGCCCAGUAAGCUCAGCAACUCGGAAGUGGAACCAACCACAGCAUUUCGAGUCUCCCAACAGUCCAGACAGUACCAGCGACAGCGACAGCGACCUGUCUUACUUCGUCGCGGAGAUCGCUAUGCGCAACAUGCUACAGCGCUGCACCUGGUCGAUCAGCACCUUGUCCCAGGGUAAGCACGUCUACGCACCCAUUGUCGCCGCCGAGCUGGAGUGCCAACUAGACGAGUGGCUGCAUAUGCUGCCAGAGCCGAUAUCGUUCGGCGCUUCAAGCUCAUGCACGGGCGACUCGUGGCCGAAUUCAGCGCGGCGCACGUUUCUGCGCACGCAGUAUUACGCGUUCAAGGCGUCAAUUUACUGGCCCGCAGUUUAUGAAGCACUCAGUGCAGGAAAGGCAAACGAUGACCUCCUACUGCAUGUCCGUAAAUUCUUCACCAGCUACGCCGAAUUCGCGACCAGCGCCGCGUCUGCUGUGACGGUAUGUAAGCCGAAUGUAUGGACUUUGUAUGCGAGUGUGUUUACCAUCUCUAUGGCAACAUCGGCAGCGCUAGAAGAUCCAAGUUUAUCAGAAGGAGCAGACUUUCCAAGCGUUUCCCGAGGCCUCAGAUUAGCUGCUGAGCUGCUCGCGAAUAUGGCGGACGUGAGCCCCUCGCUGCGGGAAAUGAGUGUGAUGUUGAACGACAGGGUCCUUCAGGGAAACGUUUCCGCGAUUUAG